ACUGGUUCAGUUCUCGCACUCGCGCACUUGAUGCUGAACUCAGGUUCGUGGGUUGAAGAGAGUCAUUUUGUGGAAUACACACUCGAGUAAAGAUCUAUUUUUACAAGUAAACAUUUUUGUAACAUGCGGGAUUUUCUAAAACAAACGGAUCGGACACGGAUUUAGGCUAUGCGUUCGGUUUAAAGCGCUUAUUUGGGUAUUAUUAUUUAGCUUGUUUUUUUUUUAUAAAUAUUUUUCAUUCAUAAUACUGAAUUAGUAAUACAAAUAAUUAGAUUUUGCACCGUUAUGUUUAUUCUCUUACUAUUUAAAUGACUAAAAAACGACGCUUGCAGACUCAGCAUCCUCGAAAACUUGAAUAAAGCUGAUGAUAAUAUAGAGCAGGCUGUUUCUGCGGGAUAUGACGGACACUCCGGAGAGAGAGAUCCUGGAGCGGGAGCUCCGGCCACGGCUCUGUUAUCUCACUAAAGGAGACCGCGGCUACGGAUUUCAUCUGCACGGGGAACGCAACCGGGGAGCGCAACUCAUCCGCAGGAUCGAGCCGGGCUCCCCAGCGGACCUGUCCGGUCUCAGGUCCGGCGACCGGGUGGUGGAGGUGAACGGAGAGAACGUGGAGGGAGAGACGCAUCAGCAGGUUGUGCAGAGGAUCCUGGAGGUGGAGCACCGCACCAGGCUGCUGGUGGUGGACAGGGUCACAGAUGAGUUCCUGAAGUUUCACAGUCUGCCGUGUACAGAGGACAGGGCGAUUGAGAUGGGCUCUCUGUCCUCUCGCUCCUCCACCACUCCUCCAUACAGCAGACAGAGCUCAGAGAGCAUUCUCAUUAAUAAGAGUCCCAGCAGCGGCUCUCUGCUCGACAGAGCUCAUGUCCAUCUGCCGCCACCCGCUGAACACAAGACCGGACCAGAGCCUGUACCCUUCACCAAACUCACCUUAGAGCCUGAACCCGAGUGUGAGCUCAGCACUGACCUCAGCGGAUCACAGACCAGCACUCAGGAGGAGCCGGUGUUGGAGGAGGAUGAGGUAACGAUGGACCUGCGUCCGCGCUUGUGUCACAUGACCCUCGGCGAGCAGGGCUACGGUUUUAACCUGCACUGUAAGAAGUCUGGCUCGGGUCAGUUCAUCCGCUCGGUGGACCCUGACUCUCCGGCGGAGCGCGCGGGACUGAGGACCAGAGACCGGCUCAUCGAGGUGAACGACAGGAGCAUCGAGGGCCUGUGUCACGCCGAGGUGGUGGCGUUGAUCAGAGCGGGCGGCACAGACACACUUCUGCUGGUGGUGGAUCCCGAAACAGACGAGCUCUUCAGCCGACUGCGCAUCAAGCCCACAUCUAUUCAUCUUAAAGAGGACUGUGUAGACGGGCCGAUCAUAGAGAGUCCUGUGUCUUCUUCACCAGUCCCAGACACCCCCAAGAUCUCUCCACCAAUCAGCAACAUCACACGGACUGACCCACCAAUCAGCAACGGCUCGCCAAGACACGAGAGUCACAGAAGCUCCUCCUCUCGAUCCACGUUUUUAGAGAGGAGCACUGAAAUCAGCAGCUUUGACACCAGCAACAAGCUCACAGAUUCUGACCAUCACUCCAUCGAUGACGGCCCUAAACCAAACCCAGGUGUGAACUCUGAGGAGAAGCGUCUAGAUCCGUUCUGGGAGAGCGGACUUCAUCUGAGUCUGACCGCGGCCGAGGCCAAGCAGAGAGCCCGCGCCAAACGGCCCAACAAGAGAGCGCCCCCUAUGGACUGGAGGAAGAAACAGCAAAUCUUCAGCAACUUCUGAGCAGCAAAAACAUCAGAAAGCUCACCUCAGACCUGGAGAGACACCACCAACACACACAGACUCCUCCAAAGACAUGCUUAGGCCAGAUUAGAUCCACCUCCAAUGCAAUCAUUUUAUAGGUUCAGCUAAUCUUAAUUUGGCAUUUUGUUGUUAGUAAGUGUUUCACAUUCAGCCAGUUGGUUGUUUUACCCAAUAAUGCACAACUUCACUGCCAUCGCAUUUCUACUCUUCCUGAAAUGCAACAGCAGUUCCCACAAACCAGACAAUUAGAAAGGAAUGGAAAGAGAGUAAGAAAACGUCAUUGCAAUGCAGGAACAGUAAGAAGGAAAGACAUUCUGAAGGAAAGGUGAGAAGAAAGUGAACAAAAGAUGCCAAGUGUAAAUCAAGCUGAGAAGCCAAAGGUUGUAGGUUCAAACCCCUGAAGAAAGAAGUUACAGAUCUUGUACCAUUAGAGAAAAUGCACAGUAAGUUGUGUUGGUUGACAAUGAAUGAUCAGAAGAAAAGGAAGAGAUCCCAGAUGGCCUGUCCAUCUUUAUGCUAGUGUAUUUUGGAUUUUCGUCCAAUCAGACGCUCUCUUGAAUUAGCAUUUUUUUAAAAGGACAAACUCCUCAAUAUGUCCCAAGCUAAAAUAAUAUUUAUAGAUUUAUUUUCUUGCCAUGUUCUCAUAAAUGCUGGUUUGACAUUUCUAAAUUAUAUUUAAUAUUGAGUAUUUAUAGACCUUAUAGUUCAGGAUGUCAUUAUCAUCUUAUUCUAGAUCAAUGUUAACAAGUGUGUUCGAGCAGGGAACCUCAAAUGUUUCUGACCGCAGUCUCAAAAGUGAAACGAUGUCUUUAAGAAUACACUUAAACAUGUACAGAACUCCUAGCUAUUAAUAAUUAAUAACAUAAUUGUGUAUAUUACAUCUAAUAUAUUUACGUCUGAGGCAUGUUGUUUUAAGUGAAUUAAUGUAUACGAGUCAUUCUACAGAAAUGUCCACUUUUGGUAUGGCAAGAUGUCUUAAAAUGUAUUUUUCUAACAUUUAAACUUAGACCACAUUAUAUAUUACCUUUUGACUUUAUGAAUACACAUGAAUGACAGCUUAAUGAUUUUUUCAUCUCCCCUUCUUUUUGUCACUGGUGUUCUUUGGCAAGAUUAUGAAAUUUGUGAAACAUGAAAUAUUAUUUCUCGAUUUUUCAGCACAUGUAGUCUGAGUUACAGAAAAACAAUAAUAAUAAUAAUAUAAUGAUAAUAAUCCGACAAAUAAGAAGACUGUUUUAUUUAUUUUAAUCAGGUUUCCUCAUGGAUAUUCAGGAAAUAGAAAAAAGUAAGUCAAGUGAUGUCAUCGGUGUGAUUUUUGUUUGUUAAAUGGUAGCACUACUUUCAGUAUAUAAUUUAUAAUAUUUAUUUGCUAUUUUGUUUUUUAAAUAUCAUUUACAUCAUAUAUAUUUGAUACUUAUAAAUAUAUUAUUGCAUUUUAAAUGGCAGAAAAUCCAGUUUUGACCUCAAAAUAAAGCACUUUCUGUGCGGACGGGUCGUUUUGUGGUGCUUUGAACUUUUUAUAAUUGAUUCAAGAACAAAUAUUGCCACAUUGAUGGCUCAAGAAGAUUCUGUUGUUCAAAUAACAUAUGGUUUCAUUUUAAAAUAUCAAGAAAUUAGAGUGGUUACCAAGUGUAAUUUUUCUGUAAAGACAGAAAAAUUGAUAUUUCCAUUGAAUGACUCGUAUAAAUUGUUCUUGUCGCCCUUAUCUUAUGCAUGUGCGCUUUCUCAUGUACUGGGCUCGCCCUCACACACGUAUUAAGUCAAAUAAACAGAGUAUUUCAGACAGAA